UGCCUGUGGGUCAUCUCCAGCGAUCAGUGACCCGGGGCGUCUGCCAAACCGUAAUGUCGUGUAAGAAGAGGAAAUGCGGUGACUUGGCUCAGAUGUCACCUUCGGUUUUCCCUUACUCACUUAACACUCUUUUUACACACACCCCCGCGAAGACAUAGCGAGCAGAUCCGGGCUCUUUCGUUUUCAUUUCCCGGAAGGAUCCCUUCAAAUAUUUCAUGCGGGCUAAAAGAAGUAGCAGAAUUUUCGGCUUCGUUUCGUCCUAAUAUCUACCCCGCCGACAAGGUCAUCCCGAAUAAGUCAGAAAGACAGUCAGAAAGUCAGGGCGUUAAAUGGUCAGGAUCAGGUAAUAGUAUUAGUGACAUCUCAGGUGAAAACAUGAAUGACGAGUCCUCACCACCGCCUUUGAUCAAGAAGGAGCGCCGCGAGCCAAGCACCCCCUGUUCUGGUCCUCCAAUCGUCAUGGUUCCCCCCAACCAAGUGACCUCUGUCUACCUGGGUGUUCAAGAUGAGCUGUGCAAGCUCCCCGGAAGACUGCGUAUCAACCCAUCCUUGUGGGGUAAGGAUGAUGUCAGCCACUGGCUGCGAUGGGCUCAGAAGGAAUACUCCCUACGCAAGGCGGACCACUCCAAGUUCGAGAUGAACGGCAAGGCGCUCUGUCUGCUGACCAAAGAGGACUUCCGUCUACGCUGUCCAAGCUCAGGGGACGUGCUCUAUGAGCUCCUACAGCAUGUGAAGCAGCAGAGGAGGAUGAUGGUCUGCAGCUCCUUACCUAAAGCCCUCAUCAGGCAUAAUGGCCCACAGCCAGUACAGCGGGAGGCCAAUGGGGAAAUGAUGAACGCCAGCUUUCCCGGCGGCCGGAUCCCCGGAUACCAAGGCAGUGCCCAGCUUCCUGGCCUCGCUGUGACCCUCCUGCGGGCAAACCCGUACCAGGCCUCGUCACCUCAAUCCAUGCAGCAAAUGCCCCCGGACGUGCGACCCCGCAGCGUGCAGCAGCCAGUGCCGGACACGCAGACCCACCCGGCCCCCCAGACCUGCAGGGAAGAGCCGCUGAACCUGUCCAGCAGGGUGGAGAGAGCCAGCCUAUUGGACGCCAGCAAAACCUCAGAGGCCACUGGCAAGAUUGCAGAUUGCCGGCUGCUGUGGGACUAUGUGUAUCAGCUGCUUUCCGACAAGAGGUACGAGGCCUUCAUUCGCUGGGAGGACCAUGAGAGCAAGGUGUUCCGGGUGGUCGACCCCAACGGGCUGGCCCGGCUGUGGGGGAACCACAAGAACAGAGCCAACAUGACUUACGAGAAGAUGUCCAGGGCUCUUCGACACUACUACAAACUGAACAUCAUCAAGAAGGAGCCUGGACAGAAGCUGCUCUUCAGGUUCCUGAAAACACCAGAAGAAAUCCUGCAGCACAGAGCCGAUCGCCUGGAGCAGCCAGAGUCCCCCGAACACCGUUCCUCACCUGACUUCAGGGAGGAGGGUCUGGAGGUAUCUCCUGAUCCUGACUCCUCUCCACCCUCCCCCGAUACCCCACCCUCCCCACCCUGACUCCCCCCAGACAGAAGCCAAUACAAGCAGCCCCUCUGGGUCUGGUAUAAAGACGACGCCCCCAAAGGGGGACAGCUUCUAAACAACGUGUGACCAAUAGAAUGUGUUUUUACUGGGGAGUGGCAUAAAUCUUCUAGUUGCAACAAACAUUGUGAAUGUGGAGACACAGCUGCUGAUUGGCUCGGGGAUGGCCAAUAGAAAUAUUUUUUUGAGGAAAUCAUCUCAGCUCUCACAAGCCUUACUGCUCUGCAGUAGAGUUCUACGUUUCUAUGAAACUUGCUUUUCUCUGGAGUGAGUGCAAGUGCUGAGAUUUGUUGGUACCAGUGGAAAAAUGCAGAAUGCAGCCGUGCAUCGCAUGCUAUCGCAAUGCUUGUUGCAAUUUGCACGUAGGCUAGUAUCCAGUCAGAGGAUGUAAAUGUGAGGUACUAUUAUGCAGAUAUGGUAAGUAAAAGUCCAGACCAAGAUUUUGGUUCAAUCAACCAGUUGAAUGCACAGUGACUCUUUUUUUGCACCUGGUUGGUAGAAACAAAAUCUUGAUCUGGAUUUCUACUUUCUGGACUUGAAAUGUCCACCUCUGCUGUCAUGCUACAGUAAAUUUCUGCAAGACUAAUAUUAAAGCAGCUAAUCGAUUUUUGUUUGCUGGGUAUUUCUCAAGACACUAAAUAUGCAAUGUUAGUGUGUACUUGUAGGAUCUAGAUAUAGGGACGUCAGUUUAAUAAAUAGUAUAUGGGCCCUUAUGUAUUUCAGUUCAGGUACCAGAAGAAAAAUGUAGCUCUGUCUGUUUUUAUGAACAGCUCAAAUUCUUUGAGGCUCAAGACUAAAAUGGAAUUUAUAAGCAUGAUGAUUGUGUUUACAGAAUAUGCAUUUUCUUAGUACCUUACAGUAGAUAGGAUGUGGUAUUUAAGUUGUGUGAAAUAAAAUGCACAUUUUCUUUCGGUUUUGAUCAGUUUACUUGCUCAAUUUCCUUUUCUGAAACUGCAAAUAUGAAAUCUGUAUACCAUUCUUUAUUGUUUGCUAUACAUAAAUUGAAUCAAAACAUUUUAAACAGCAUAAACAACAUCAGAUUAAACUACUUUUUAUUUGUGGGAUUUGUAUGUAUGAUUCAGUGUUCUAGUGAUUUUUUUAUUGUAAAUAUAUUUGUACACUAAGUUGUUCUUUUAAUUCUUAUUGAUGGAAAAUGGAUAUAAAUAAAAAGCAAUUAAGUCAGAAACCAAA